AUGGGGACUCGGUCCAGCCGGUGACAGCUCGUCCAGUAGUAGGCGAUAAUCCCAGACGCCCCGCUCCUCCGCUCCUCUACUCCGCUCAGGUCUGCAGAACUGCACUGCUCGUCCACGGCCCCGCUUCUCCGGCAGUACACAUUUAUUCAGGAAUGAGAAAUGAUGGCCGGCUCUGCAACAGAGGAGAAAACCUUCCGACGGUUCCUGGAGCUGUUUGUCCGGGAGAUGAGGAUGCCGCUGGCGGACUGCGACCCGGUGCCGAUGCGCCCCUUGUCGGACCUGAUGUCUGAGGACGAAAUUGAGGGAGAGUGCCUCGACCUGUGUCUGCAACACCUCUACAAAUACAAUUGUCCCUGCUCCCUGGCUGCGGCGCUGGCUCGAGCCACCUCGGACACCAUCGUCCGGACGGACCUCCACAUCCACCACCUCGUCAAAGCGGUAGAAGUUGGAGCUGACCCAUUACCACAGAUGGAGUCCGUGAAGCUGGCCCGGCUGGUGUUCAACAGACUGUUUGACAUGUGCGGCCUCUGGCUGAAGGAGCUGCCCUUCCGCCGCCGUCCACAGCCGUAUUACGAAACGUCCAUCCACGCCAUCAAGAACAUGAGGCGCAAGAUGGAGGACAAACACGUCAUCAUCCCCGACUUCAACACACUCUUCAACAUUCAGGAUCAGGAGGAACAAGCUUUCUUUGCAGUGUUUGAUGGUCACGGUGGUGUGGAUGCUGCCAUUUACGCCGCCAACCACCUCCAUGUCAACUUAGUUCACCAGGAAUCCUUCAACCAGGACCCCAUCGAGGCUCUCUGCAGAGCCUUCAAGGCCACAGACGAGCGCUUUGUUAAGAAGGCUUCACGAGAGAACCUACGCUGCGGCACAACAGGUGUGGUGACGUUCCUGCGCGGCCGGACGUUGUACGUAGCCUGGCUGGGAGACUCCCAAGUCAUUCUAGUGAGGAGAGGGCAGGUGGUGGAGCUGAUGAAACCACAUAAACCAGACAGAGAGGAUGAGAAGCAGAGGAUCGAGGCUCUGGGAGGAUGUGUGAUCUGGUUCGGCACAUGGAGGGUCAACGGAAGUCUCUCUGUAUCCAGAGCCAUAGGGGACUCGGAGCACAAGCCCUACAUCUGCGGCGAUGCCGACCACGGCAUCUUCCCGCUAGACGGUUCAGAAGACUACCUGAUCCUGGCCUGCGAUGGCUUCUGGGACACCGUGAGUCCAGACGAGGCGGUGCGGGUGGUCAGCGACCAUCUCCAGGAGAACGCCGGAGACACCACCAUGGUAGCCCACAAGCUGGUGGCGUCGGCCCGAGACGCCGGCUCUAGCGAUAACAUCACCGUCAUAGUGGUCUUCCUGCGGGACCCGCGUUCCCCGCUGCCCACGAGCAUCGAGGAAGAGGAGGAAUGUGCCACGGAGGGACAGGUGGUGGAGGAAGUAGCAGAGGUGGAGGAGGAGGAGCAGGAGGACGAGGAAGACGAAGCGGUCAGGGCAGAGCGUGACGGCGGGGAGGGAGGCAGCGCUGCGGACAAUGGGGGGAAGAGCCGCGGAGGCUGGCCCUUGCAGCAGUGCUCGGCCCCGGCCGACCUCGGCUACGAAGACCGAACGGACUCGUUCACGGACAGAACUAGCCUCGGCCUUGGGGGGCCGUCGCUGGAGGGCCGGAUCUCCCUCAUCUGGGGCUCAAGGAAGCCCUGCUUCAACGUUAGCCCCAACGACUACACAGAAGAUCGCCCGCUGAGACGCAGGUCGUGCAUCCCCUUUCAGGAGUCCAGUAUCUCUUCCUUCACGGACCCGCUGUGGCCCCAGACAGCAGCGCUGCUGGGCCGAGCAGUGAGGCAAAGCCACAGGCGCGCUCCCGGGGGCCGCCGGUGGGCCCGGAGGUGGCAGGGCCGACCCAAGGAGCUGCUGGGCCUGAUGCCGUCCGGCCACGCGCAGCGCCAGCCCAGCUGGAGGCCCGGGGUGGCCGCGCCUCACCUGCCCCGCGACUUCCCCAUCUGA